AUGGACCUGAUUAGUGCAGCAGCCACCACCACCACGAAUGCCAACAUUCAGUCGCAAAGUGACUUUUGGCUUUUUGUUGUCUAUUGUCUGGUUGUGAUUGUCGUGGUCAUUUUCUUUUUGUUUUACUUCAAUCGAGUGCUUGGACAAAUACUUACUUUCCUUAUAAACCAAUAUACCUGGAGAAAAUACAAUGCCUAUAUCGAAGUUGAUUCAAUACGUGUUUCGUUAUUAGGAGGUCGAGUUUUAUUCAAAAAUCUUCGAUAUUUGUCUACAAAUCAAUCCAUUUCUAUCAUUAAAGGCCAUUUUUCAAUUCAAUAUUGGCUCCUUAAUGUGCGUAAAUCAGAAGAUGAUAAGAAAGGAAAAACAAGUCAUUCACCUUGUCGAAUUGCUUGUAAAGUGGAAGGGCUUGAAUGCUUUAUUUAUAACAACAAACCAGCUUAUGACAGAAUGAAAAGCGUACUUGGGUUAUCACCCGUAGAAACAAAUCCUUCAACAACAGCAGGAACGGAACAAGAAAAGCUUACAGUAGAGACUCGAGCUGCCCUUGAUCCCGAAAGCCAAACUCCGAUGAAUGGAGACAAUCAUUCAUUAUUAGAAAGAUUAAUGCCAAUUCAGUUUGAAUGUACUACAGGCGCUGUGAUGAUUGGUAACACAGAGAUCAAAUCCAUGAUAGUGUGUAAAAUGCCUCAAGCAAGUGGAAUCUACAGUAUUUCAAAAUCAAGAUCAUCCAUGGAUUACUAUAAGACAGUGCUUGAUGUAGUGUUAAGAAAGCCGCAAGUAAGCCUUAAGGAUAAUAUGGAUUUUACCAGAGUAGAUGCAGAGAGAGCUCGAAAGCCCUUACCUCGAAAAACUAUGCAUCAUUUGUUAUACAGAGCUUGGGAUUGGUUAUUGUCUUUUAUAAAAACAAGACAGUAUGGCGAAAUGCAACACUUACAACAUAUUAUUCGAGAAGGUCAUUCAGAGGCGCGCUAUGAUGAUCUAGAGAACCCGACUUAUCAUGAAGAAUACGCACGAGUCAAUAAUGUGUUGGAAUGCAAUGAAAUGGCUUUGACUUAUUAUGCUGAUUAUGCAGGCCCAGUACCAUCGUCUGAAGAAGCAUCUGACGCAUUCCCAGGCAUGACAGACAUUGAUAUCGGAAACGGUGGGUUAUCUCCUGAAUGGGGAUGCCGAAUUUAUUUAUGGGAUGCAGCAAUACAAUAUGGUCCGUGGGCUGAUAGACAAAGAAAUCAAAUGCAGGACUACUUCUUUCCUAAUUCCCACCGAGGAAACACACCUACAACAAGACUUGAACCCGGUCAGCAACGCAUACCUACUUCUUUUGAAACUUAUAUUGAAUUCAUGAAUGAAGGAAAAGUGAGAGUACCAACAAGAGAAAAAUCAAAGGAUUGGAAAUAUGCUUCUGGGUCAUCAGAUCUGGAUAUAGGCUCGGACGGGUACUAUACAAGACCUUAUGGCUGGAUUGAUCUAAAAGCAGGGGAAGGUUCUUAUAUCAAAGUAACAACGCCGUUUGUGUAUGGAUCAAAUGGUUGUGUAAAUAAAGUCGACAUGGUCCUUAAAGAAACAGACAUUACUUCAAGUGUCAAUUAUUCAUCUUUUGUUCAGUCUCACCGUAUCGAGAUACAAAUUGAAAUGCCUGCUCCUCUUCAAUGGAACGCAUAUCGUCUCUGGAAUAUCAAGAUCACUCCCAAAAAAGCAACCAUUUUCUUGCUACGUGACCAUAUUUACCUAUUACAAGAUGUGGCUAAAGAUUGGACUUCAUUACCGCCUGCUGACUUGCUACACUUUACGCCUAUAACAUACCAAUUGCAAUUCAAUUUAGAAAAUCCAACUGUUUACCUUUGUGUAAACGAACACAAUGUGAUUAAUAAUCCUAAUUCAAUUGAAGAUAAUGCCUUCUUGAAAGUACAGACUCACAAAUUGACUGUGGGCGUAACCUUACCUCUUACUGAAUUCCAGCCAGAAACAACAGCGAUCAAGUUCACUGUCAAUGCAGAGCAUAUUAACGCAGGUUUAUCGUUACAGACUUCGCAUACACUGAAUGCGUUCAUGAGAGAGGAUGAUGCACAUGCUGCUGUUGCUGUCAAUAUAGGCAUCGAAGGCUCCUAUGAAGCUUAUAGCACAGUUGAUAUUAUGCGACAUAUCGAAUCUUGCAACCUCUAUAUCAAAAUCAAUGGAGCCACUGUCAAGUUGUUUGGUACCUUGAUUCGUUACUUGUUCUUGCUUAAAGAUAACUAUUUUGGCGCUUGGAACAAUUUUUCGACAAUUGAUGAAUACAGAAAGAGAAGGAAUAAUAACGAAGAAUGGUUAGCGCAGAAAAAGAGACAGCUAGAGUCAAAGCCUCAAGUGGAUCCCUUUGAAGUGUACGUCUUGUUGGACUUGGAAGAUGGUGUAUUGUUACUGCCUGAAAAUCUGUAUGAAUGUUCUCGUUAUUCACAAUUGGAGUUUCAAGAAUUGCAGCUUGAACUUCGGAACUUGGAUGUAUAUAUGGACUUGUAUCUGAACAUCAGCCCUAUUACUAUGAGCAGAGACAGCAACCCAAACCCUCAAUUCAAACAAGGGUACCUUAGAAUUAAAAAUGCAAGAGAUCCAAAGAAUUACCUUUAUAUUGAUGGUUUUAAUGUACAUGCCCAUCGAUUGUUUGGUCCAUUGCCUGAAUGUGCUACUUAUUUGUGUCAUUGGGACUUUGAUGUAGGUCGUAUUACAGGUGAAAUUAAGCCUUCUUUCUUGUUAGGCCUUGCUUGCUUUGGCCAAACGUUUGCUUAUAACUUGAUUGAUGAAGACAAUGCGGUUUCCAAAGAACUUGAAUCAAAAAGCUUACCUGAUGUGACAUUUUUGAAAGCUUAUAUUCGAGAGAUUGAUAUCAGUCUGAUGAGUUUAAACAGUGCUACUAAUAUCUCCUUCAAGGACGGCGUCCUCAUUGAAUUCAAUAAUCUGAUCAAUGUCAAAUACAGUCAAUGUAUUACCAUCAAAAUUCCAGUCUUUUUGACGCGGUGUCUUGCUAACCCAGAUCAAGCUAGAAACAACGAAGUUCUCGAGGGUGAUAGUUAUUCAUGGGUUGAGGUUGCGAAAGCUGAUUUGGGAUUAAAUAUCACUAUUUUUAGACAUACUGCAUCUUGGCAAAAGGCAAGAAGCGAGCAGCAAAACUAUAUUCGUACUCAAGACUAUCCUACACGUCGAUGUAUACGGUUAUAUGAAGACAUAGAUACCAAUUCUCAAUCUUCUCGAUCAUCCUUUCAGUCUGGUACAAAUGAACAUCAUGUGGGUGUUAUUUAUGCUCCUCCUUUUAGGCCAUUCAUGUCUGGCCGGGUUGAAGACAAAUCGGUUUUAUAUGAUACAAGUUCUCUAUAUACUGAUGUUCCAACACCAAGGCAGGGAAGACCAAGAGGCUAUAGUAAUCCAAGCAGCAUGUCAAGUUCGCGUCAUAGCUCGUCGGCAAGUGAGCUUAUAUUCAAUGAAUCUGAUGGCGAUGAUUCUGACUUUGAUCUUGAAAAUGUCUGCUAUGAGCGCUUUUCUAUGCAUAGCGGUUUGUCCAAAGAUAAUGACUCCUUCCAUACUGCCAAGGAUUCGGAUAACGAAGAAGAAACCGAGGAAACAGCAUUCAAUAGUUUUUGGCUGUCUGAUAACUACUCCAUUAUAUCAAAAGAAGAUCAAGGUAUAACGAGCGAUGAAGAAGCCAAUGAUCAGAGAACAGAAAUCUACAGAAAAAUCUCUACAAAAGAACUGAAAUCUGCCAUUCCUCCGUCAAUUCCUUAUAGUGAUUAUUUGAGAAGAUAUAGAAUUGAAAGAAAAGAUACAGAACUUAGUUUUGGAGGUUUUUUUCAUCCCUAUAUACCUCCUUCGCAAGCUUCUUUUUACCCUGAAAAGGAUUUUGAAGAGAAAAGCAGGCCAUUAUAUGACCAAAAUGAUUAUCAUACAGAAGACUAUUUUUCAAGUACCAAAAAGCAUCAAGAAGAUAUCAAUACAGAGUUUGAUACAACCGAUGCAUAUGGCGAAGGCAAUGAGGUCGUCGCCACCACAGUCAUAGAAGCAACAAGACCAGUUACUAUGCUGGUCACUCCUAUCCUUAUCAAGCUUAUUCAAGAACUUACUGAAGAGAUAAUUAAAGAUGAUUGGGACCUGGAAACCAUGUUGGACUCAAUACAAAUAGAGUAUAUUGAGCAACUAACACGUUACCUGACAGACCAAUACAUCUGUACUCGAUUUGCUGUCAUUCUUCCUCAAACAUACCUUCAUUUUAUUCAAAACGUCACUGUUCCCGAUGAACUGCCUUCCUAUCUGCAUGGAGAAUCUAUUGUCAAGACACAAUACAAUGCCAAAGAUACCGUACUUUGUUCUGCAGAUAUCUUUUUGAAUGACUUCCACAUGAUUGGCAGUGUCAAAUUUGAAGACUAUGCGUUCGCUGAAAAGAAGAAUAAAGUAGCCGAAUCAAACAUAGUGUUACAAGAAUCAAGAGUGCAUAUUGAUGUAGGUGAUAUGGGUUCAACAGUACAGUACAUCUCAAAGCAACAUGAACGCCAAUCCAUUGCCUUUGGUAUUCCGUACGAAUCGUUGCGAAACAAGGAACUAUAUCAUAACGCAGUAGACGAUGAUGAUGAUGCCUUGGUAAACGAACUGGUGAUGUUGGAUUUAGCAGUGAAAGGUUUCAGUUUUAAAUGGCUUGGAGCUAGAAAACCGAAUUUUGCCGAGUUGACCAUUCAAGAAGUGGAUACGAUCACUAUCACAGAAUCCGUUGAAAUUCUAGUGGGCGCUGUGCAUUCAUGGCUUGUCUUUGUCGACGACUUAAAGGGAAUUCUAGAGAGCUUCCAAGAGCAACGCUUGAAGCAAGUCCAAGUAUUUGUGAAUGAAAUUGCCAAUUUUUCAGUUACUCAAGCUGUUGCUGGCGAUCCUAUUUUCUUGACAGCUCCAACUACUAUGCUAAGGUUAGGUUCUCGUAACUUUAGAAACGACGUUGGUUGGAAAUUAUUAGCUCGCAUGCGACACUGUCUUCGAUCUAUGCCUUUAUCUAAGCGGGAAGAAUUACAAUAUAGACUUACAUCUGGCGGUGCAUUACAAGGAAUCAAUUCAGACGCCAUGUUUAAAAACGUCGUUCAGACAUUCUCUCUUUGGAGAAACUGGGAAAUCGGGCAUGAAGACGUACUACAUAGUCGAUUGUUCACUCAACCCUUCAAGCAAAAAAUGAAGCAAGAAGGCGUUGUGAACAAAAACAUCACUGAUGAAGCCGUCAAGUUCUUAACGUCCUCCUCUAACUUUGCCAAAUUCAGACUCGGUCAAUUCAAAUUCACGAUUUAUGAAGAAGAGGCAUCAGAGUUUCAUGAGGAAGAAAACAGUAUUUGUAUUCGCUCUGUUGAAUUAUUACUUGAAUGCUUAUUCAAGUCGUCGCCUAUAUCUGCCUUAUCUGCAGAUACAAAUACUACGCCUGAUGGCUAUCGUAAAUCUGAAAUUGUUGAAGGAUACUUGGAUGUUAUCACCAAGAUUGGAGUGGGUUCUAUUGAUAUCUCUACCAAUCCUAUCAUUCUAGCCUUUGCAAGACACAUGAUACUGGUUGAAAGAGUCUUUGCAACCAAACUACGUAGUUAUUCAUCCGAUAAAAAGCAAGAAACUAGGUUUACAAGUCCUAACCAAGACUUUGACUUUGAUGCUAUGCUCAGUAGAGUCGAUAUGGUCGCUCAGGCAUUGAUCAAUGUAGAUAAAAUACAGAUUGUCGCUCGCGCUCAAGAACUUUGUAUGGAUACAAUCGUGACCGAAAUACAAGGCUCAGCUUUGUUCUCAAACCCCAAAUUAGCUCCACUCCAACUCACGUCUUAUGCAGACCGAGACUCGGAUACUGGAUCUGGAAAACGUAGCUCCAACAGGACACCGCGCCGCAAUUUAAGUUCUGAACCACGACUGAUCCUAGAAGCUGCUGGUGGUAUUCAGACAGUAGACAUCAAAUUUAAAGAAGAAUCUCGCCGUAAUAAAUCUCAAACAGUUCUGUUGGGCGUUCUUCUGGAAAAAGCUAAUGUGAAUGCAAAUGUUUCACAAAUAGCGAAAGCAACAAAGAAGCUCAACAAGAUAAAUGCAAGUAAGGAAGUACUCAAUGUGUUUUCAAAUAUCCACAAAUUCCACAUCCAUGCUCCUCAAAGUUUGCUUCGACUCUAUGGCUUUGUUGAAUCAUGGCAAGCUGAACAAGGUCGACGAUAUCACUUUAUGAUUCAAAACUUGGUCAAAGAAUGGGAAGUGCAAAGAAAAGACGUACCUGAGAACUCAAGUGCUUUUUCACUUGCUUCCUCGCAGCCAAAUGCAGCGUCGAGAAAGUCUGAUAUUAAGCUACAAUUCCUGUUGAAUGAAUUCUUGAUUCAAGCUGACUUAUUGCCUUCUUUGAGUGUAGAAUAUCGAAUACUUGACUUCUUUUUGAUGGUCAAUGAAAAUCAACAGAAAUUAGCUCCUGUUCGCAUGUACUCUUUCCAAUUGUCCAAGCAAGAAAUACAUCUGAUUACCAAAGACGCAAAAAACAAAAGCAAAGGAGAUAACACUGGCAUUUUUAGUAUUCCUGGUAUUCGCAGCACAGGCUCCCUUCGUAACGAAACCGUGGAUGGUGGCGAACAGCUAAAGUUAAGGUCUAUUCUAUUUGUUGGGCUUAUUUCUAUGUCGCUUGAUGUUGGUCUGAUUGAUUCCCUAUUAACAGCUCAGUCUUUAGUGGGUAAUGAAGUCAGUGAAUUGAUAGAAGUCUUGUCUUAUUCAAAGCAGCACAACAACAACAAAAAUGCUGAUACUGUAGCAAACGAGCAAUCAAAAUCUUCAAAAGUCAGUAGAGUGUUCAAAUAUACAAUGGACAUCUCUCUAGAUGGCUUGCGUAUCUCCGCCUCUAGCCCUUCUGCCAUUGGCAUGUUUCAAUCCAAUUUAUUGGAAGCAUCAAUUUCAAAUGACAGCAAAACGAAUGAAGACAUACGAAAUGCAUCCAGCCAACUUACUUGGAAACUCCAAGCCAAAAACUUCUCGCUCUCACUGGAUCACAACACUGUAGAAGAUGUGUUGGGACAUGAAGAUACUGCUUGUCAUCGUAACUGUCUCGCUUACAUUUUGGCUGACUUUAGUGUACAAAACUAUGUGUCUCUGUGUACAGAGGAUGGUUGCACUAAGAGCACACAUGCUCAUCAUACAGAACAAAACUUUGAAGCUAUUUUUGUCGACUUUUGUCGAAUACAAGCAGUCAUGCAGCCUAUAGCGCUUGGAAAACUUGCUGAAAUGUACAUUUACUAUGAUACUGAACUAAGUAAAAAGAAGAUGAUGAAGAAAGAAGAAAUAGAUCAACUGUCCACAAACACAAAACGUAUUGUACAAUCCAUCUCUGUCAAGAAUGAAUGGCAAAAAGCAUCUCAAGAUGAAACACAAUUCAUACUAGAAGGAAAAGUGAUUUGUUUGCAUGUACGUCGUUUAGGUAUUGCUAUUCCUCUUGAUGAACGAUCGGAUGUUCCUAUUUCUGAAUCAUGUAGAGAUGGAAGUGCCUUAUUACUCUCUAUUUCCUCCAUUGAAUUCUUAUCCAAGAGCAUUGAAAAAGGUGCAUUGCAACUUGAUAACAUCACUAUGCAAUUUGUAAAGCGUUUUGAUCAAAACAAGGCAGAGCACUUUAUAGCUGAGAAUCAUCCUCGAAUGAAUUUAAUCAAUUUCCCGUGUAUUUCAUGCAACGUAUCAGCAACAAAUAUCAAACCUAUACAGAGGGUCAAAAUGGAUGCCAAAGUGAUGGGCUUUGAAGUAGAUGUAGACGGAACAAUUGCUGAUUAUAUCAAUGUCCUCAGUAUCAUCUAUGUCAAGAGUAUGGAUCGUGUCGAUAGCUUUACAGCCAAAUCAAAUCUGAACUCAAAGAAUAGUAAAUCUUCAACAUCACUUACUUCACUUGCAUCCUCCUCCUCAAACAGAUCAGAAGUCGUUCAUUUGGAUGUAGAAAGCCAAUUUGAAUGCGAUAGUGGUGUCAUUCGUAUGUACCCUAAACGCCACUCAAACGAGGUUCAAAAGACGAAAAAGCAACAUUUCAAUUCGCUGCGUAUACGUACUGGUUUCGAAACAAAACCAGGAGAGAGUAAUGUGGCAACGCUUGAUUUACCUGGACUCAAUGCUUGGAUGACUUAUCAAACACCUCUGGGUGCACAUGCAACAGUGGCAGAGGCUCCUAAGCGAUUUCAUGCUGACAUAUUAAUACGUGAAAGUUGCAAUACACUUCAACCUGCAUUUGUUCAGUUCUUGCAUGAGGUUGUCACCGGUCUUAAACUUGGUAUACAGCAAUCAAGUGAACGAAAGGCAGAUAGGGACGCAGUUGCAGAGACCGAAUCCAAUUUAAAUGCUUCACUUCUUUUGCGUCUGUCCAAGACACAACUCGAUUUGAGCUGCCAGCCUGUCUCAAAAGUCAUUUGCUCUUUAGGAUGGGAAGAAAGCGAGUUUUUGUUGAAUGCUUUCUCUAAAGACACCACUUCUCGUACUAUGAGUUGUGUUGGAUCUGUUCGAGAAACUACAGCUGUUGUAAAACACCAUUUCUCACCUGAAGCCUGUCUCAAUGCUCGCAUUGAUCGCAUCUUGUUUAAUGCCAUGCUUACUUCUCAGAGGGAAGGUGGUCAUUUGAAUGACGAUAUUUCUGUGAUUGUUGAUUUUCCUAAUAUCAGUGGCGAUUUAAAUAUGCGACAUUUGCAAGACUUGCUUGUGCUUUACAAGUGUUGGUUUGCACAAGCCAUUUCUGCCGAGACAUCAGAUGAAUCUAGAGCACAAAGCAAUAUGGAAAAGCAAGGACCCUCUAGCCAACUGAUAGAUCAAACGACCGCUGUAGAUCGUCAAGUCCAUGCUAUUUCUUCACCAAAAUCACCAGCUCCUUUCUCGAAACACGUUGCUAUUCGCUUACAAAACAUGAAAUUCUCUGUAGAUCUGGGACAAAACAUUGGUAGAAUAACACUUAGACCCGAAAACUUGUCAUUCCAAGCCCAUGCGACACCUCAAGAAAGCAAAGGACUCAGUUUGAUACUAGAAGCGAUUCAUGUACUAUCUGAAGGUAGACUGUCUGGAAGUGCAGAGUUCAAACGCAUGGCUGUGAUGGGACGCAUAGAUCAAUCUUCUAGUCAAGAAAUGUCUUCGAUCUAUGUGAUUCUUGAAGGCUUCAUGGCGAAAUUUGAAUAUGAAUACCAAAAUAUUCUAGAUGUCAUUCAACAAUCGCUGGAGCUCAAUAUUGACCUUGAAAAGGUGGCUGGCAAAUACAGUUUACAUAUUUCAGCUAAUCUAGAUGCACUUAUUGCUCGUAUCUCUAUUAAGACAGUACCAGUCAUUAUCACCAUGAUUCAAAAGUUUGAUGAAUUGCUUCAAAAGAAAAAAGUAGAGGCUGGCAUGAAGUCAAUUAGCAUACCAAACGUACAUGAAACAUCAUUCGACGUUGGUCAUGUUAAUAACAAGGCACUCUAUGAAAAAUCAGCCAUCAACAGCCAGACUUCUAUCUGUAUUCAAGCUGUAGAAUUCGUGAUUUAUCCAAGCCAGUUCCAAGACUCCGAUAAUGUAGAUAUUAGAGCAAGAGAAUUCAAGAUCGACUUAAAGGAAUUCCCUCGCACUGCAGAAGGAGUACAUCGAAAAUUGAUCAUUACGUUAGCCAGCGCUUCUUUAGCCAAGAAUGUCCCUGGAAAAGAUCUAAUGAUCCGUUACAGUGCUCCCUUACCACCAGCUGCUACUAAACCCAAGAAUCUUGGUGGAACAAAGAUCUUUGGUAUUCCUGGCACACAAGUCAGCAUGGAUUCUACUCAAUUAGAUCGUAAUAUUGCUUAUGAGUUUGACGCCGUUUUUGCUGGUCGUAUUGGUGUCUCUUUGAAUAUAGGGUUGAUCAAAUAUCUUCAAGAAAUGAUCAACAUGUUUAGUCUACAGCUUGAUCGUGUUCGUGACAAGAACAAUGAUAAACUGCCAAUUCCCGCUGAAUUGAACACACCAAAUAGCUCAAACAAUGCUGAUGAUAACGAAGACAAUAUUCUCAGUGUUCCAGAAACCAGUCGAAGAAAAUCAUCUUUUGCCCUGAGUGUAUCAAGCAAGAGUGAAUAUUCUACUCCUACGAUCGAAACUAUGCCAUCUACUGUAGAAAACGCAACACAAGCAGAUACUGAAAAUGAACAGGUUGAAAAGUAUGUCUAUACUUCGGUCAAUACUGUAAAUUUCCAGCCACAAUUACAAGUCAUGGGUGAUGCAACACCUCCUGUUGAAUGGCUUGGACUUAAGCGAGAAAGAAUUCCUGGUUUAGUACAUGAAAACAUUGCACUCCAUUUGGAUAAGGUUAUCAAAAUGAUUUGGGAAGUUUUGGAAUCACAGACAGAUUAA